UAAAGUCUGACAUUAGGGAAACCUACCCAGUGCCCCUGACAGAAUAGCUGGGAAACCCGUCCAGCCACCGCCCAAACGAACGGGAAGUUGGAGAGAAAAGUGGAGAAAAACGUCCAAAAUAAGUACCAGUGGACCAGUAACCAUGCAGACCAUUAAGUGUGUGGUAGUGGGAGAUGGAGCUGUAGGUAAAACCUGCCUCCUCAUCUCAUAUACAACCAACAAGUUCCCUUCAGAAUAUGUCCCUACGGUUUUUGACAACUAUGCUGUGACUGUGAUGAUUGGAGGAGAGCCGUACACACUGGGCUUGUUUGACACAGCAGGUCAGGAAGAUUAUGACAGGUUGAGGCCGCUCAGUUAUCCCCAGACAGACGUUUUCCUCGUGUGUUUCUCGGUUGUUUCUCCGUCAUCGUUUGAGAAUGUAAAAGAAAAGUGGGUUCCUGAGAUCACACACCACUGUCCCCGCACACCAUUCCUGUUAGUCGGUACCCAGGUGGACCUCCGGGACGACGCCACCACCACAGAAAAGCUGGCUAAGAACAAGCAGAAGCCCAUCACAGCUGAGCAGGGGGAGAAACUGGCACGGGAACUCAAGGCUGUCAAAUAUGUGGAGUGUUCUGCUCUCACACAGAAAGGGUUGAAGAAUGUGUUUGAUGAAGCGAUCCUGGCUGCACUGGAGCCGCCAGAACCCAAAAGGAAGAGAAAAUGUGUCCUGCUAUGAGCCUGUCUGGGGAGUAGGGGGGAGGGGUGGGGAGAGAAGGAGGGGGGUACUUACUUAUCCAACCAUGGCAUUGUCCUAGAGGGGGGGGGGGGUACAACAAUGUUCACCAAUGCUGGGCACCUUACAAAUGCAAAGACGUUUUCACAUUUUUUCUAGGGCUCCAGGUAUAAAGCCCUACACCUAAACUUGUAACCUUAUCUACAGUAAGUUUCACUUUUGUCUAUGUUACAGCAUUGAUCUGUGAUGAUCUGUAGAUAUAGACAUAUUUGAUCGGAAGGUUUGUUGGGAUUUCAAAUUUCCAGAUACAUGUGUAAGGCAACACCAAUUCAUUUCCUUGGUUCUUAGAUGUUUAGUAAAAAAAACUAGCAAGAGGUGCAGGUAAGACCAGAGGGCUGGGAGGAAAACCUGAAUCAGACUCUAUUCUCUCCUUAAAACACUGACUUUCUCAGAAUGUGUUCUCCUAUUCAGCAUUAGUUUUUGAAUCAGAGAACCAAUGAUUUGAAUUGGUGUGGCCUGUGUUAUUACAUCC